UCCUUUCAUUGGAAGCCGCCGCCUCUACCGGGCCUUCCCUUCCUCGCCGCUGCUCUCAUCUCUACUCCGUCGCUGAUUUCUCUCUCUGCCUGGGCCCGCCGGCGUUUUUCCUCCACCCCGACAACGAUACGAUCAUACAAACCAGUAUCUCCCAUUCCCUUCAUCCAUCCUUCCUUCCACAACCUUUGCGGUCCAUCAUGGCGAUUGAAUGCCUCGUCUUAGGUGCGGGGCAAGAGGUGGGAAAGAGCUGCGUCGUGGUCUCCAUCGGGGGAAAGAGGAUCAUGUUCGACUGCGGGAUGCACAUGGGCUAUCUUGACCACCGCCGGUAUCCCGACUUCUCUCGCAUAUCCGAGACUGGUGAUUUCAACUCUGCUCUCACCUGCAUCAUCAUCACUCACUUCCAUUUGGAUCAUGUUGGAGCCCUUCCUUACUUUACAGAGGUCUGUGGGUAUCAGGGGCCUAUUUUCAUGACAUAUCCUACAAAGGCUUUGGCCCCAUUGAUGUUAGAAGAUUACCGUAAAGUUAUGGUAGAGCGAAGAGGAGAGGAAGAGCAAUUUAGUUAUGAUCAUAUUGUGGAUUGCAUGAAGAAAGGUUCUUGGAGCUGUGAUGAUUUAUGCAAAGGUUGGAGACACUGCUAUGGUGUACACUGGGGAUUACAAUAUGACACCGGAUAGACAUCUUGGAGCAGCUCAAAUUGAUCGCUUGCAGCUGGACCUUCUUAUCACAGAAUCCACGUAUGCAACAACUAUACGUGAUUCCAAAUAUGCUCGAGAGAGGGAGUUCUUAAAGGCUGUCCAUAAAUGCAUUAGUGGAGGAGGUAAAGUUCUAAUACCAACAUUUGCUUUGGGGAGAGCCCAGGAACUUUGUAUAUUGUUGGACGAUUAUUGGGAGCGCAUGAAUUUAAAGAUUCCUAUCUACUUCUCAGCUGGUUUGACAAUUCAAGCCAAUAUGUAUUAUAAAAUGUUUAUUGGAUGGACCAGCCAAAAGAUCAAAGACACUUAUGCAAUACGCAAUACAUUCGACUUCAAACAUGUAUGCCCCUUUGACCGCUCUCUUAUAAAUGCUUCUGGGCCAUGUGUUCUUUUUGCAACACCUGGGAUGAUUAGUGGAGGAUUUUCGCUUGAGGUGUUCAAGCAAUGGGCUCCGUCUGAAAAGAAUCUUGUUACACUUCCUGGGUAUUGUGUUGCAGGGACCAUAGGGCAUAAGUUGAUGUCAGGUAAACCCACCAGAAUUGAUCUAGACAAAGACACGCAAAUCGACGUUCGAUGCCAGAUCCACCAGCUGUCUUUUAGUCCCCAUACGGAUGCCAAAGGGAUAAUGGAUCUUGUUGAAUUUCUUUCCCCAAAACAUGUUAUAUUAGUGCAUGGGGAGAAGCCUAAAAUGGCCACACUAAAGGGAAGAAUUCAAUCUGAAUUGGGAAUUCAGUGUUAUGAUCCAGCAAACAACGAGACAGUGCUCAUUUCUACAACCCAGAAUGUCAAAAUUAAUGCCACUAAGAUGUUUAUGAGAAGCUGUUCUCAUGUUGACCUCCAUAGUGUAACUAAGAGUGCACCUUGCCUUUCAGAUUUUAGUUUUGGAGACAGUGGAGCCUCAAAUUUGGUGAGAAAUGAAAAGGUCGCUGAAGGCAUCCUAGUGAUGGAGAAAAACAAAACUGCAAAGAUUCUCUGUGAAGAUGAGUUUCUUCAGACAUUGCAUGUGAAGGAACACAACGUUCAGUUUCAAUACUCUCGCCCUUUAGAAGUGUGCAGGGAACAAGUAUCCUGUCAGUCAAGCAGCGGACUGCUGCCGUCUAAUGGGAGCUCUCCAGAGAGGUGUGAAUCAGACCACUGUACUGUUGUACUGAAGGGGAAAGUUGGUGUUGCCAAAAACCCCUGCCUCAACCCUGGUGACAUCUGUGUCUUAUCAGCUGUUGAUGUUCCAGAUCUGCACCAUACGGUUGACUGUGCUGUUGGCAUCCUCCAACCUGCUGGCUUUACACAACCCCCUGAUCAAAACACUGUACGUAAAAACAUCAGGAUGGACCCCAGCUUCCAUCAUCCGUCUCUUCAAAUCAAAUCCAGCUUCCAAGUCGCCAACUUUACAGUACCCAUUGAUGAGAGUAUUGAAGCUGACGGCACUGGGCACAGUUUUAAACCUCCGAAUCUCAUCCAAAAUCGAAUGGGCCUCCCUGACCUUACCCUCCUUGCAGAGAGAGUGCAUCAGCACGUUGAAAGUUUGCAGCUUGGGAGGGAAUCCGGCGGCAAGGAUCUCCAAGUAGAAGGCCCAGGCGGCGGCGGGGGAGUCGGACCUCAUGAGCUGGCGAAGGAGGCGAGCGGAGGAACGGAAAGGGAGGGGGAGGCGGUGCCGGAGAGCAAGGCGGAGACAGUGGAUUGCGUCGGAGACGAGGCCGGCGUCGGCGUACUCGAGGGCGAGGGAGUCGAGGAGGGAAGGGUGAGGGGGGCGGGGGGCGGCGGCCUGGAGGGCGACGGAGAAGAGGGCAGGGGCGGAGUGGCGGCCGCGGCGGGCGACGAGGAGACGGAGGAGAGGGCGGGCGAGGGAGGGGAGGCGGCGGCGGUGGAGGAGAGAAGAGAAAGAGAGAGGGGUAUGGAAGAAGGGGCUUCGACCGCGACGGUCUCCCCGGAGCCACUGCUUCGGCCGGCCCGGGCGCCGGCUAGGCCGAGCCGGGUGGCGGCCAUUCUGGGUCGGGCGGCGGGCCGGCGGGGCCCCUCGAUGCUGGUGCGCGAGACCGCGGCACGGCAGUUGGAGGAGCGGCGCGCCGACUGGGCCUACUCCCGGCCGGUGGUGGCGCUCGACAUCGCCUGGAACCUGGCCUUCGCCGCGGUGUCCGUUGCGGUGUUGGGGGCCACAACCCGAGAGCGGCCCAACACGCCGGUUCGGAUCUGGAUCGCUGGGUACGCGGUCCAGUGUGUUGUCCACGUGGCGCUGGUCUGGGCGGAGUACCGGCGGCGGAGGGCACGGCCGCGCGGGGUCGAGGAGGGGGGCGGCGGGGAGAGGGCGCGGUCGGACUCCGAUGCCGGCGACAGUGAGGAGGAUGGGGAGGAGGGCGGAGCGGGGAGAAGUCCGCAGUCCAGUGCUGCAAAACGAUGUGAAUCUCUCAAUACCAUGGCAUCCUUUCUGUGGUGGAUUAUUGGCUUCUAUUGGGUGAUUUCUGGUGGUGAAACUCUCUUGCAAAAUGCUCCAAGGCUUUACUGGUUGACUGUAGUUUUCCUAGCAUUUGAUGUCUUCUUUGCGAUCUUUUGUGUGGCUUUGGCCUGCAUUAUUGGGAUUGCACUUUGCUGCUGCUUGCCUUGCAUUAUUGCAAUUCUUUAUGCUGUGGCAGGCCAGGAAGGUGCAUCAGAUGCAGAUAUUAGCAUUCUUCCGAGAUAUCGAUAUGCUGAGCAUUUUGACAAUGGACAAAAGACAACUGAAGAAGGAUUGAUGGUUCCCAUUGCAAAUAACGGUGGAAUGUCCACAAGUGAACGUGUUUUAGUACAUGAGGAUGCGGAGUGCUGCAUUUGUCUGACACCGUAUGAAGAUGGAACUGAGCUCCAUGCACUUCCAUGCAACCAUCAUUUCCACUCCACGUGCAUUGUCAGAUGGCUCCGGAUCAAUGCAACCUGCCCUCUUUGCAAGUACAACAUUCUCAAGGGCAAUGAUAUUCUCUGAAUAACUGAAAUCAACACAAUCUCUCUCCUCUUCUGUAUAUAAGAAUGCAAAAAGAAUGAAGAAGUGCAGUUUUUGUAGAUGAAGUUGUUGGUGCCAAAAUUGACUCGUUGGGACUUCACACAUUAUCUUAGCAUGGUGAGCUGAUGUUUCCUUAAAAAUGCAGAUGAAUGUUUGGUGCAGUUGGGUUGAUUCGAAGAUCGAGUCUUGUAUAAAUGUGGCUUGGCUUUACAUUUGUUGAAAAGUAUCGAUCUUGUAACAGCUUUUGCCUUUUUUUCCUCUUUCACAAGUGAAGAUCAGAAAGAUUUUCAUGCAGCAACUUUUCCUGUACCGGCUUUAUUUCAUCGUACUGGCUAAUGGAAUUUUAAAGUUUCAAGCUGUUGAUGAAAGUAUUACUUUGGUUAUGGUGAA